AUGCAUCCUGGAUGCACAAAAUACUUUAGAAACAUUAAGAAAAUUGACGAAAACACAAUACUGUGCUGUGAAAAAUUGGACGAAAAAAGUGAUAACGUUAUAGACGACCUUGAUUCCUCCUCGGAAAGUGUAACAACGGUAAUAGACAAUAAUGUGGAAGUUGCAUAUUUAAAAAAGUUAUUGGACGAAAAGGACAACGCAAUUGGUUAUCUUAAGGACAAUAUUGCUGCCUUAAAUGAACAAAUUAAAGUAUUGAAUUUGUUAGUUAACCUAAGAAAUCCAAUGACAAGUCAAAUACAUGAACCAAAACAAGAAAAAGCUUUGCAGAAAUCUACUUCACAAUCUACUCAUGUACCAUCAACGUAUAUAGAUGUCACCACCAGAAAUAAAAAUACCAAAACUAAAAUUAGUAACAAAAACAAAGUAAAUAAUGAAAGCACAAAAAACGAGAGUAAACAAACAAAUAAAAUAAGCAAAGAGCAAGUGAAAAAUGCUAUAAAUCAAGCCUUUGAAAGUUCAAAUAUGGGUAAAACAAUUGAACAAGUAAACAGAAGUAAAUCCACUAUUUAUGGAACAAAAAACGUUGAAGAGAUAGCUGUAGAAAAGAAGGCAUGGCUUUUCAUCAGUAGAUUCAAAACGUCAUUCUCAACCGUAGAUAUGGAAAACUAUCUUAAAGCAAUUCAACCAAAUGGGUCCCACAUUGUAAAACAGUUAACGAAUCAGGGCUAUUAUAAUUCUUUCAAAGUGGGUAUUGACUUGAAAUACAAAGAAGAUUUUCUUAAAGAUGAGGUAUGGCCAGUGGGUAUAAUUAUCUCAAAUUUUACAUUCAAAAGGAAAAUGAUAGAAAAAAUAUAA